GUUCGCCCAGGCCCGAUCUUCAGGUUUCAACUUUCAAGCGCCAAAUACCAGAAAGGCUGAAAGGAAGUGCUUCAUUUUUUAUUUUAUUUUUCCUGCUGUUGGUUUUUUUUUGGACUUGAUGUAGAAAAUCAGGUCGAGAAUGGAGUUCGACAACAUCUGCACCGUUGUCCAGGGCCUGUUCAAAAGUCUGGAAACAAAGUUGAAUAAGAAAUUGGCCGAGAUCGACCCCUCUCUAGACCAUGAAGAUUACAUAUUUGAGAUCAUCGAAGGACUGACUGAAACGAUAAAAGAGCAUGAAUUAGACGGUUUGCAGCUGAAAAAAGUCCACAUGCUGCUGCUUUUAAAUUCGGACUUUUCUAAUAUUAAUUUGCUGGACGAGGACAAGAACUUUUGCCAUGUUCUCAAUGUGUUGCCUAAAAUUAGCAAGUACCUCUAUUUCCAAUUGGUCACCCAGAUGAAAUGGCACAAUUACUUACGAGAAGUCGUACUGCAUUUCCCGGAAGUGAUUGUGUACGAGAUAGUUCAUUCGAUUAAUGACUAUAUGAACUACAUCAGUUUAGAUUGCGCGCUCGCAUUUUUUUAUUCUUUGAUCGACGGUAUGUUGAACAAAAUUUUACACAUACAAAACACGUGUAAAUACAGGACUCAAAAGUUUGUCAAAUUGUUUGUUCCACUUGUUCAAUACAACUUCAAUGAAUUGAUCGAUGGAGCGAACUGGGAUAGGGACAAGAAAUAUCAGUAUUUGGGUUAUACGGUUAGAAUGUACCUUGACCUCGUCGAAUCCUGUGUUAAAAAACUCCAAAACCCAGAAUUCUCGCCUGAUCCUUUUUACGAGGCUAAUGUAAAUUACACGUACUCUAAGUGGGGUAUGACGAGCAGCACGACAAACUGGGGUUAUUAUUGUUUAAGAUUUGUUGCCACUAAAGCUGAUGAAUUUGUCAAAUUGGUAAGUGUUGAUAUAUACAUCUCUUGGACUGAAGUCGAAGUUAAAGACGCAGUAGGUAAGACGCUUCAAAUGUCUAUAAGAGAGACGGCUUACACUUGCCAAGAAGCUAUCAGGACGAUCCAACAUUUGUACGAUGUUAUUCCAGGCCUUAGUUCUUUGGAUUCUUGUUUAGCAACGAUAGCAGUCCGACCGGUUACGGAGGACGAAGAAAUCAAAGAAGCUGAUGCCAACACUAUAGUUAUAAAUCUUCUCAACCCAAAGAGAACACAGAUCAAAUGGCUGCGAGGUCUCAUCGAAAAAGGCAUAUUCGAAAGCGCUACGUAUAUGAAAGUUAUAGCAGACAAUUCCUCACUUAUAGAUUACGAUACUAGUCUGUUAUUAAUCAAUAAAGCUUUUGAAUACUUAGAAACAAACUCAGUUGAUCCAAACGAUUUAGCAACCAUCCGCCAGACCAUAUUCAUAUCAGUCAAAUCCCUCAAAAGAAGCGACCAGACUCUACUACUGGCACGGUUUUGUGAACUAUAUGGAAACAAAUCUCCAUUGAUCGGGCCGGAUUUUCACAACCGUGCGACUCAGUUUUUCAACCGUUUGGUAAACGACGACAGCAAGAAACAGGAGUUUUAUAACGAAGUAAUCUGCCUUGCGAUCGAGUCCAGGGAGAUGUUCAUUCGCCGAGCACUCGAUGAAUGCUGGUCUAGUAAGGCAAAGACCACACUCAUUAUGGAAUAUAUCGAGUUCGUCUCGCCAAUCUGUCUCAUCAUAUCUGAAGAAACUGGUUUGCCUCUUAUUUUAACAAAAGUCAUAUCUCUGCUUGAUGAAAUGAAAAAUAGCCCUGAAGCUAUCCAUGAUAAUUUCGUACAUCUGGUGAAAAAAUUGUCCGAAGUUAAACUUAUAAAUCCUUCUUUAUUUUUAUAUAAUCAUAUAUUACCGUUGAUUGAAAAAUGUCAUCUUGAAAAAGACUGGAAUUACUUAAACUAUUAUUUAGACUUAAUAGAGAUGAUUCUUCCAAUAGUCAGACCAAGCAUGGUCAAGUUUAUAAGCAUCAUCGCCAAAACUCUGAACAAGCUGAGGCCGAAGGUUCCAAACUUUAAGACUGAAAAUGUAGAAAUAACGGAAAAAUGCAUCAACAUUUUGACCAGUUCGGUUCAAAACGUAUUAAGAGCCAAGACAUCAGAAGAUGAAGAGAUAGUACAGUUGAGGGCCCUAGGAGAAAGUCUGAGCGCACUGACAUGGCAGUAUAUGAUCCCGAUUUGGAAAAAUUGGGGAAAAGAUUUACCCAUCGAUACACACGGUCUGCUCAUUUGGACUAAACCGGGUUUUGGCCAUGGAGAGGCGUUGAAUGAUCUAAACAAUGAAGUUCGACUUCAUCUCGUAAUGUCAAUGGUGAAGAUAUUGCCGCAGUUGACUACAAGGGAGUGGGAGAGAAUCGGGAGCGGCACUAAAAGCCUGAGCGUUAUAAUCCCCACUUUCAAAGUUCUCGCCGACUGUGCAUUGGUCUGGUUCCAAGUCCCGUUCAUGCUUCAAAACGUAUUACUUCUCAGCCACAACAUAACCAACUUCCUCAAUUUCACUCAGAAAAUAGUCAUACCCAGAUUGAACGUUGCAAACGAGAAAGACACUGCCGAAGUCGUAGACAAAAUGAGCCAGAUUAUGGAACAACUUCCUGAAGAACUUUCAAAGACGAAAAUGCCCGAUUUACAACGCUUGAAAAUGGAAGCACUGGGAGAAAAUAAACACCCAGUUCAUGCCAAUUAAAAAAAUACUUGUAUUUUUCUUAGUUCCUAUGUAAUUUCUAGCAUGUUUUAUUUCAUUUCUUUUAUUUAAGUUUUUCUAUUAAUUUUUUUUUCUAUUAAGCUAUUUCUAAUGGCAAGUACGUUACAAAAUGUACUUUCAUGUGAUAAGUUUCAUGAAUAAACUUAUUGGUUGUAUUUA